GAGAGAGAGAGAGAGAGAGAGAGAGAGAGAGAGAGAGAAGUUUGGUGUUUUUGUAGUCUUUGUUUCUAACAUUUUGCUAUUUUACGGUGAGCAAACAAAAGGAGAGGUAAAGAAGAGAAACACGCUCUCACAAAAAAUCACAGACAAACAUGUUUGAUGGAGUCCCAGCUGAGCAGUUGCACCAAUUCAUAGCAUCCUCAAGAACUUCCCUCCCUCUUCCUCACCCUCUCCCUCUUCCUCACCCUCUCCCUCUCCCUCUCUCCUCCUUCCCUCCUCCACCAUCAAACAAUAGUAUUAAUACCUUCCCUGUCCCUGCUGCUACUCCCUUUGACCCCUACAACAAUAACAACCCUUCUCAUCUUCAUCAUCAUCAACUUCUGCAAAUUCAACCCCAUCAGCUUCAUCAGAAUAAUCAGCUUCUGCAACUGCACCGCCAAUCCGCCGCCAUCCCCAAAAAUCUCGAGGAGAAAGAGGAACGCUCUAGUACUGUUUCAAUCUCCAUAAACAAUAAUUUGGAGAUCGAAAGAGAGAGAUCUUCAUCGAUACCGGCAUCAUCAGAUGUAUCAAUCAUUAGUGAUUCUUGGAGUAAUGAUGAAUUGCUUGCACUUCUCAGGAUCAGAUCUAACAUGGAGAUUUGGUUCCCUGAGUUCACUUGGGAACAUAUCUCAAGGAAUCUAGCUGAGCUUGGUUUCAAAAGGAGUGCAGAGAAAUGCAAAGAGAAGUUUGAAGAAGAAAGCAGAUACUUCAACAACAUUAACUUCACCAAAAACUACAGUUUUCUCAGUGACCUCGAACAACUCUGUCAAGGUGGUGGUGAUGCUCAUCAGCAAAACGCUGAUGAUCAUCAGGAAGCUCCCGGGGAUAAAAAUAAUGAGAAAGAAAAGGUUGAAAAGCCCAGUGAUGAUGGAGAUCAUCAAGACUCAACGAGAAAUGAAACAAUUGUUGGGAACAGUAUUGGUGUGAUUACCACCGAGCCGCUGAACCCUGAGGAGCACAAUGAGAAAGAGGUAGUAGUGGAAACUAGAUCAAAGAACAAUACUAAGAAGAGGAAAAGGCAAAGGGAAUUUGAAAUGCUCAAGGGUUUCUGUGAGGACAUUGUGAACAGGAUGAUGGCUCGGCAGGAAGAGAUGCACGACAAGCUUCUUGAAGAAAUGAUGAAGAGAAACGAGGAGAAGCUUGCGAGGGAAGAAGCAUGGAAGAAGCAAGAGACGGAUAGGAUGAACAAGGAGCUCGAGAUUAUGGCGAGAGAACAAGCCGUUGCUGGUGAUCGACAAGCUACAAUCAACAAAUUCUUGAAGAAGUUCACAUCGUCGUCCAGCAAUUCUAGUACUUCCACUUCGUCUUCUCCGAUUCAAGCACAAAACCCUAAUCGUCCUACGUGUCACGAUGUUAGUGGCCGAAAAGAACUUGAUCAUCAUCAAGAAAAAGAAAAUAACCCAACAACGCCUAGUUCAUUAACUGAAAGUACUCUUGCACCCCAAAGUCCUAGCUCAAGUACUCUUGCCCCGACUCCCAUUGCCGUUCCAACCAUGACGAUUUUAUCUAGAGCUACUGCUGCUGCUGCUGUUGUCGUCGCACCUCCUGAAAACCCUAGUUCUGAUGAUGUCAUCAUCAACUCUCAAAACCCUAGUUCCAUUAGUCAUGACAAACAAGACCUCGGAAAGAGGUGGCCGAGAGAUGAAGUGCUGGCUCUGAUAAACUUAAGGUGCAGCCUCUUCAACAAUGGCGGUGGCGGCGAUCAGGACAAGGACGGAGGAGUCGUGAUGAAAGCUCCUCUUUGGGAGAGAAUCUCACAAGGGAUGUUAGAGAUGGGUUACACGAGGAGUGCCAAGAGGUGCAAAGAGAAAUGGGAGAACAUUAACAAGUACUUUAGAAAAACAAAAGAUGUUAACAAGAAGAGGUCACUUGACUCUAGGACUUGUCCUUAUUUUCAUCAACUAAGCUCUUUGUACAAUCAAGGGAUACUUGUACCGCCUUCUGAUCAAGCACCAGAAGACCGCCCCGCUUCGCCGGAAAACCAUUCUCUAGGUGAUGAUGAUUCAACUAAGCAUGGUGAAGGUGAGAAAAACAACAAUACGGUACAGCAAGCACCGCCACCAGCUUUUGAUUCUGAAUUCUAAUUAAUUUUAAUUUGCAUAUUUGUGUGUGCAUUUUCAAUGAUAAUAAUAUGUGAUACCUUUUUUUUCUUGUCGAUCUUGGUAAAACAUGUGGUAGCUAGCUAGUACUCUCGGCAGUCGACAUGAAUUUUAUAAAUUAAUUUCCAAUAUUUAUUAUAUAUUUUAUU